AAAGAAAGCACAUUGCUGACACUGAAAGCAACGGAGAAGAAGAAAAAGGACUAGUAAUCAACGAGCCACCUAGUACAUCCAACAGAACUGCAAUUUUGAAAGUUACAACUGUGUACUCUCCCAUCUAUCAUGAGAGGAACAUUCAAAAGCGCCCAUCAGAGGAUGGAAAGUACAUUUCAGAAAUUUGAUACUGAUGGCAGUGGGACUCUGGACAAUGUGGAGAUUGCUCGCGCAAUUUCCGAAGUGAUGAACUUUGAACUCACCAAUGAACAUGUAUCUUUGCUCCUAUCCGAGUUUGACAAGGAUGGCAAUGGCGAAAUUGAUAUGGCUGAGUUUGUAAUGAUGGUGCGUUAUAUGGAAGACAAUGUGGAGCCUAAUCUGGAUUUUUCCGAUCAAAUGGCAAAGGCAGUGGCAGUGUCAAGACUGGAAACUGCUAAACUCCUCUCAGAAGUUUCCACAAACAUCUAUCCCUUCCGCAAUAUCCUCUGUGUUCAGGGGAAACUGACACCCGACCUGGAUAACCCACCCCACUAUGACGAUGACUUUGAGCCCGCGUUUGCCCCAUCGGAAAUGCGCUGCCUUGCACUAGUCUCUCACAACAGAAUGAAGGCAGCAAUGAAGGAAUUUGUCACUAUCAACAAAAACAUUCUCAAGAAAUUUUGUCUUACUGGAACGCAAAGCACUAUGAAAAUGCUAAGUGAAGUUUUCAAAGGAGACAGCAGUGUAGUCUUUGGACCAUCCUGUACAUCCGGUCCACUUGGAGGUGAUGCCGAGCUUGCAGCCUUAUUGUGCCGUGGACGGCUGGGAGGCAUUCUGUUCUUUGAAGACCCCCUGUCUGCCCAUGCCCACCAGGCUGAUAUCCAUUGCUUGUGUCGUCAGGCGCAGGUGCACAACACCAUGAUCUGCGCUACCACCACAAGCGCUUUGAUGAUGAUGCAUGUCUUGCGCUCAGCAUUGCAAGGAAAUGGUAGGCCUGAGUUGAUUCCUUCAUUCUUCUUUUCUCUAAAGUCCCCUGCUGUAGUUGCAUAUCUUGGUGAACAAGAAAAGGUCAUUGCCACUCACAGUUCGGGCUAG